AUGGAGAGCACCGAACCUCCCCGGCCGCUAUUGCAGCGCCCAGAGAGUUCUGGCUUUGAUGUUAUAGAUUUCUCAUUUAGCAAGCCCGCCUCACACAUGCCCUCGUACUCGCGAAACCUGACCAAGCAAACUCACCACCCCCAUACUGCAAUUGAUAAUGCCCAACCUUCAAGAGAACUAAUGGGAAAGGACGACGGUCUCAAUCAUCAACUGGCUAGGCCAGACACCCCUCUCAAUCCUCGCGGCGUUGGGAAAGAAAUAAUCUCCAAGGCACCAGUCCCCGCGAGAGUAUCUGCAUUUUCUCAGCUCUCAAGGCGGCUAUCAGCAGCAGCUGAACCUAAUAAAGACAGCGGCAGUCGACCCGCACCUGGAGAUUUAGGGAAACUGAGUUUAGGACAAGAACAGACAGUGUUGGCUUCUCGAUCGAACGACGCCAUCGGGGCCGAUACCACCAGAGAGCCUAUUGGCCCUGACUUGAGUCCAGAGUGUGUUGUUGACAUUGAGAAGACUGGUGAAGUUGACCAUGUUUUGGCCGAGCCACCCCAGGUACAUCAGCUUCAUCGAGAAAGACAAGAGACUCUAGAGAACCCAUGCCCUCGUGUCGCUCUCAAGCCUAUACACAAUCAGCUUCAGGCGUCAAAGCGACGCCGUGCCCCCGAGAAGGAAGCAUUUCUCAAGCAACAGGCACCGCCCACUGGUGGCAAGAACGGCCCUCAGCUCAGUGAGGAUGAUCUGUUUCGGCUUCUCAUCACGAAAAUGAGACAGCGAGAGGAAAACGAGCAAGCGGCUGCACUUAUCCAAAAACAAGUCACGAAUGAGAACAUGGGCUUGAAGGAAGAGAAUCUUAAUCUGCGGGACCGGCUCAAGACAUGCCAAGGACAGCUCUCCAAAACAUCAUCCGAGUCAAGAUCUCAGCGUGCACAAAUAGACAAGUGGAAGGCGAAACUUGGCACAUUCAAAGGUGUUCUCAACGAACUGGGCCGUGAAUAUGGCGCAGUCCGGGAGCAAGCCAAAGAAUUGAAAGAAGCCACUGUGUCUCUUGAUAGAGAGAAAAGCGAGAUCCAACACAGUUUGGAAGAGAUCAGGUUGAAGGUUUCAAGUGGUGCUGAAACCAUUCAAGACCAACACCAGAGACUUUCAAAUUCUGAGGGGACUGUUGCCAGCUUGAGGGAGGCCUUGGACCACUCAGAGAAGAGGGAAGAUUUGAUCAAGAUUCAGCUAUCCAAUGAAAAAAAGCGAAUUGCGACUCUGGAGGCCUACGUCCAAAAUGAGUCUCAGAGCCAGUCACGAUACUUGGCCCUAAUCCGAAACGACCAGCGCAGAAUGGCAGGAAAGUUCGACUCUGCCUGCGAGCUGUUCACCACUUCUUGUUUCAAAUCUGAGGAAAAUAUCCUGUCGAAACUGAGUCCGGCGCUUGAGGACUGUCUCGCUUCGGUUCAGGGGUUGAAAGAAAAGUGCGCUUCCGAAAAUAUGAAUGUCCAAGACUUCACCAACAGCGUUCAUGAGGCGACAUCUCGUUUCAACUCCUUGGCUGGACAGGUCGCAAGUAAUGUCGAUAGGAGCACGGAAAUGAGCAAAAAUGUCUUCCAAGCCCUUCAAGAUGCCCUUCAAGCGAUUGAAAGCAACCUUGGUCCGUAUUCAUCAAUUUUCAAACAGCUCGUUAAUAGCGAGAGUUGUUAUGGAAAUUUGCAACAACAGCUUCAGAUUGUUGAGCCAAUGCUCGGCAGUCUCGACGUUUCUAUCAAGGCCGUGGGAAUGACGGAAACAGAUCUUGUGCGCGGGUUAGAAACGUUUAGUCAGAAGCUUUCCGAAGCUCGAAUCCCAGCAGGAAACCCUGUUUUGGAGAUGGAGGUUUCCAACAAAUUCGCUGAAAAUACGCAACUGCAACUUGAACUUCAACAAAUCUCAAUCGAGGUUGAGUCUCUUCGAAAGCAAGUUGCCAACAAAUCAUCUGAGAACCAACAUCUUCAGCAUGCUUUGACCGACGCUGUUACUAACGAGCAAGCAUCCAAGAGCCAGAAUGCCCGGCUGGAAAUUGAGAAGAUGGCCUUGCGGGGUGAGCUUCAAUUGCUUGAGCAAAGAAUUCGGGAAGAGUUGGGCGCCGCAAACCUCAAAUUUCAGGGUCAGAUGAAAGCCAAAUUCGAAGAACAAGUCCAAGGUCUUGAGACAGAAAAGGCGAGGCUAGAAAGAGACCAGAGAAACCUCCAAACGCAGCUUGCAAAUGUCCAAAGCUCUUUGACCGAAACUGAAAAGACAGCCGAUAAUGAGCGACUGGAAAAGGCCACCAUGCUCCAGGAAUCACAGAAACGAAUCGAGGAGCUGAAUGUUUCUUGCUCAAAAUACAUCACAGAGGUUAAAGCCAUUGACGAUGAAUCAAAAUUAUUGAAAAGCUCUGAAUCGAGUCUCUUGGCGGAAAAGGAGAGGUUCCUUGAACAGCUUGAACAAGCGAAAGGGAAGACGAUCGAGCUUGAAGCGAGCCUGGGGCAGAAGGCUGAGUCUGUAAUGCUGAAAGAGAAAGCACUCCAGGAAGCAGAACAGAGGGCCGAGGCGCUUGAGCUGGAGAUGGCCCAGAAGACUGAAGAGCUUGCAGCGAUAAAAGAAAACCUCGCCAUGGUCAAAUCACGGUCAUCGGCUUUGGAGAAGGUCGGUGAGGAAGCUGAUGCUGAAAUAAUUUCCCUCCUCCGGCGUGCCCAGGAAGCUGAGAGUUGGCAGGCAACUAUAAGAGAAGGGUUUGCGAAGAUGAUCGAAGUACAUCCUGACGAGCCCUUCGAGCAAACAUGGCAGAAACUGGAAGAAAUCAUUCAGCCCUCGCUUGCUCAGCCGUCCAUCACUGACGAUAGGUCUUGCACUAAGCCUCACGGUACAGAGAAUGUGGAGGCGAUUGAAGACAGCAAUCUGGCACUGGGGCCAAGAGAAGGCAAACUUGUCGAUUCUUUCGAGGCCAAUGUAUCAAACAAGGGGGCUCGCCAGAUUCUUGGAGACAUGCAGGUAGAUGGACCUCCGGCAUCAAAGAUCGGUAGCCCCACGAAGGCCUUGAAACAUGGUGAUUGUGUUGAUUCUCUACCGAAAUUCCCUACUGGCCACGGUCAUAUUGUUCCGUUUUCAAGUCUCCAUGACGGAAUUUCACGGGAAAAUAGUCUCUCACUUUUGAAUGAUCCAGCGGAGCUCGAAAUGCUCUUUAUGUCAACUCCAGAUCUCCAGGGAGCGUCGGUGCCAGAUGAUGCCCGUAAGAAAGUUCAAGAUCACCAAAAGAUUCCAGCUGAGCCUCCGAAAAUGAGUCGAGAGCUCAAUGAACCUAACCCUGCUCUUGGAAUGCAACUUCCCAGCACCGGUGAUAAUAAAAGCGAAAGACCUCAGUCGGCUCUUGAAAAAGCUGCCAAGAACGGACAGCCCAACACCAAGCGCAAAGUAGUCAGCUUCGAGGGGACGCGGUUUAUCACUCAAACAGAGGUUGGAAAAGCUAGACGAAUGUCGAAUGCAACGGACAACAGCUCUGGAAGAGAGUCCGAAAAUAAGGAAGUAAAGAGAACCCAGAAACGGACUUACAGCCGUCUUCGCCAGUCGGUUGAACAGUCGGAAACUUCAAUUGAAACGACUACAGAGAUGCAGCCUGUCAACAACUCUUUGGUGGAAGAUUUUCAACAGGGGCCAGUGAACAAGUCUGAGUUCUCUUCAAAUGCGAACUUAAGGCCGCCGAAACGGCCACGAAAAGCAGCCGAUGGCCCGGAGCGACGACCGAGUCCGAAGGGUUUGGCUUCAGGUAGCAGCAGAAACACAGCUGGUCAGGCCAGCACUAUGCGAGGCCGCAGUAAGCGCCGCACUCGAGGUAAGUUGCCUGAUGUUUUGCCAAGGAAGCCUCAGCUAAGAGUUAGAAGGCGACCGUUACAAUCAGCGCUUUAG